AAAACAUCUGAUGACAUGGGCAAAUGAGCUUCCUGUCAUCUGUACAAUAAAAAUCUCUGCAGAUUGUGAUCAAUCAUUGCAGCACCAUUAUAUGAACACAUCAAAGUGACACUCGCUUCUGCUCAACUCCAGGAGGGACCGUUAUCAGAAUGGAUCCGAUGGAGAUCGAUGACAGUGUACGUAUGAGGAAGAGCCUCACCAAAGAUGGCCUUGUCACCAAAGUUGAUUUUCAAGGAAGAAAGCCUCCCUCUAGAAGUGCCUCUGUGUGUCUCGGAUUAAUGUGCACGCUCCUUUUUGCUGCAAACAUGGGACAGUUUCUCUACUAUUACAUGUUCAUCAAUCCCAUGUCAGAAGACCUGAUUCAGACUGCUAACAGCACUGGAGAACAGUUAGAGGCCGCAUUGACAAAGGUCAAAGAGCAGCUGCAGCAAAGCUACAAGACAUUAAAACAAGAGAAAGAUCAGCUACAGACUAACUACACAAAUUUGACUCAGAGUAAAAAUAAACUUGAGAACAGAUACCAAUCACUGUCCAAGGACAAAGAUGCUUUGCAACUCUGUUGUAAUACUACGCAGAGGGACAAGGAUCAGCUACAAACAAACUGUAACAGUGUUCAGAACAAUCUCAACAACCUGCAGAGAGAAAAGAAUGACUUACAGACUCAGUUUAACACCAUGAGAACAAACAGAGAUCAGUUACAGAGGAGUAAUGCUGCACUGAAGAGUGAAAAGGACCAGUUGCAAAGCCAGUACAAUACUCUGCAGAGGGAGAAAGAUCAGCUCAGGAGUGAUUACACUAGUUUGGGAGCUGUUAAAUAUCAGCUAGAGAAGAAGGUUGAAAAAGUAAGAGUUGACCUGACUAAAGAGAAAGACCAACUGCAGCAAAGCUACAACACCAUAAAACAAGAGAAAGAUCAGCUACAAACAAACUUUAACAGUGCUCAGAGAAAUCUCAACAACCUGCAGAGAGAAAAGAAUGACUUACAGACUCAGUGUAACACCAUGAGAACAAACAGAGAUGAGUUACAGAGGAGUAAUGCUGCACUGAAGAGUGAAAAGGACCAGUUGCAAAGCCAGUACAAUACUCUGCAGAGGGAGAAAGAUCAGCUGAGGAGUGAUUACACUAGUUUGGGAACAGUUAAAGAUCAGCUAGAGAAGAAGGUUGAAAAAGUAAGAGUUGACCUGACUAAAGAGAAAGACCACCUGCAGCAAAGCUACAACACUAUAAAACAAGAGAAAGAUCAGCUACAAACAAACUAUAACAGUGUUCAGAGCAAUCUCAACAACCUGCAGAGAGAAAAGAACGACUUACAGACUCAGUUUAACACCAUGAGAACAAACAGAGAUCAGUUACAGAGGAGUAAUGCUGCACUGAAGAGUGAAAAGGACCAGUUGCAAAGAAGCAAAGUCAGCUUGCAAAGCCAAUUUAAUACUCUGCAGAGGGAGAAAGAUCAGCUGAGGACCAACUACAACAAUUUGACUGAAGUUAGAGAUCAGUUACAGCAGAGAGUCAUUGCACUAGCCAAACCUUGUCAAGGAUGCUGGCUAAAGUUUGGUAGCAGUAGUUUCUAUGUUUCAACUCAAAGACGUUCCUGGUCUUCAAGCAGAGACUUCUGCAUCUCCAAAGGAGGUCGUCUGGCAAUCUUAAACAACAGGAAUAAAAUGACGUUUAUCAACGGGUUGAUGGGACCAGGUUCACAAGCCUGGAUCGGUCUGACUGACUGUGCUAGUGAAGGGACCUGGAAGUGGGUGGAUGGGUCCAGAGUCACAGCUACAUUCUGGGGUGAAGGGCAGCCCAACAACUUCAAAGAACAGGACUGUGGACAAUUUAUGUACGGUGGACAAAUUGGAGAGUGGAAUGAUUUUGAUUGUUCUUUUAUUCAUGUGUUUGUGUGUGAAAAAAACAUGUAAUACACAGUUAAGCUGUUCUGUAUUUACACAUCUCUGAUAUAAACAUCACAUUCUAGAUUACAGAUGUAAAAAAUUGUAUGUGUUUACUUUCUUGAGUCAAAACAAGGAAAUCUGAUUCAAUCUUGAUGCAGUGAUCUGUUAUAAAUCUCAAAUAUUGUACAUUUUGUUGAUGAGUGCUGCUUGAUGAUACAGAAUCAGAUUUUGCAUUCAUUGUCUGAUACUGGACUAUGCUGUGGCCUUUGGUAAAGCUUUAAUGGGCAAAUUGCCUUCUUUUUAAUGAAACUGAAUACACGUCAAUUAAUGUGUGUAUUAAAACCUGUGAAACUGUUAAACUGGUACAACAAAAUGUCUGUUAUCUUUCAA